GAUCAGAGUCAGAAGACUGAAAGCAGGUUACGUGAAAUAUAAGUAUACAGAGCAACUAUUAAGCACAGAACGACAAUCAGGAAGAUAUCCUAGCCUCAUACGAUUGUUAAAGAAGAGCAGAUAUUAAUUUUCUCUUGGUUUGAAUUAGGCUUGUGAUCAUCAUGAGAACGAAACAUACACAUUUACAAGAGUCUCCGCUUUUCAACGGUGAGGCCUUAGAGCAAGAAUGCAACGAUGAAGAGCCCUCGGAAAGCGAGUUUUGGCUGACCGGGCGAAGUACCUACCUCAGGAUCGACCUCGACAUUAUACUCCAUAAUAUAAGGAUUCUGAAAGAGAGAUGCUCGCCGGAAACAGAGGUGAUGGCAGUCAUUAAAGCAAAUGCCUACGGUCAUGGAAGUGUAGCAGUCGCGAGACACCUGUCUGCAAACGGCAUCAGGCAUUUCGCUGUAGCCACUGCUGCAGAGGGACAAGAGCUCCGACAAGCGGGAAUAAAGGACUUCAUUCAAGUCUUUGGUAACUGUGUUGGAGAAGAGGUUAACAUCAUGCAACACUUCCACUUGACUCCGACAGUGACCACGGAGACCUUCCUCAACCACUGGAUUUCCUGGCGUUCUAUGAACCGCGUGAACGUGCACUUUCCCGUUCCUCCAGUCGUCAUCAAGGUGGACUCCGGCAUGUCCAGAAAUGGAUGCCAACCUGAAGAACUCCCCAAACUGAUGGCAAUAUGCCGGAAAAAUGGAGUUCCAGUACACAGCCUGAUGACUCACUUCGCACAGGCGUGGGACGACGAGGAGUUUACCAAGUGUCAGCUUGACACAUUCCUUAAGGCCGCUGAACCAUACAGAGGUACUGGCAUAAAACUGCAAGCAGCCAAUUCUGCAGCCAUUAUUAGAGGAUUUGCUACAGAUCUUGACAUCGUUCGCCCUGGCAUCUGUAUCUAUGGUCUUCCUCCAGAUCUCAGCCAAGAGGCUGUUCAGACGGUCCAGAGGUUGGGGCUGAGGCCAGCACUAAGCUGGAUCGCGCAUCCCAACAUGGUGAAAGUACUUCCUCCUGGCAGACAUGUUGGCUACGACCAGACCUAUGUACUUGACAAAGAGGAGUCUAUUGCAACCUUUUCGGUUGGUUAUGCUGAUGGCUACAGCAGGCUGCUCUCAGAAAAAGGAGUCUUGUCUACAUCGUCAGGUCAGAUGCAGUCAGUGGUGGGUCGCGUGUCCAUGGACGCGAUCACAGUGAGGGUCGAGCCUGGCACAUCGCCAGCUACCCCUUUCUACGUGUACACAGAUGAUCUCACAUCACCAAACAGUGUGACUGGCGUGGCCCGUGUGACAAACACCAUUCCUUAUGAGGUUCUCACCAGCCUGGCCACGCGCUUGCCUCGCAUCUACGUCACUAAGGGCACACUGGCCACUGCGGACGGUCAGGUCAUCGAGCUGCAGGGCUUGACAGGGGAGACAGAUUACAAAAGUGAAACCAUCUCCGACAGCUAACAUCAUCUAGUUCGUGAAUGUUACAGACUCCUAGCUUCCUGCAGACAGCGGAUUGCCAUUUAACGAGAUUCCGUCCAUGUCUCCUCAUCGCUGAGAGCAUGCUCCUUUAUGAGCGUGAUCACGCGCUAUAUAAAUCUCAGGUUGUUAUUAUUAUUACGCUUACAAAUUUACAUACAAGAAAAAUUAGAUGUCUGGUUAUUUAUUUCACUGGAUUUGACGUUUCACCCCACCCCCAUAUUUUUGAUAGUUGAUUUUCUCAAGAGGUAUUUUAUGCGAUUUGAAGAAUUUAUAUACAUGUACAUGCUUUUUUUUUAUCGUUAUAUGAAGAUGUGACAUUGUGCUCUGUACUUGUGUGCUGUUAAGGUAUACAUAAAAUAUUGUGAGUUUC